AUGUCUUUAAAAUCGAUCAGCGCCUCAGCAGCAGUAGCAGUAGCAGCGUCGUCUUCGUUGUCGUCGUGCAGUGAGAUCAGCAUCGAGGAGCUUCACUGCCGAUCGUCGCCAGAUUUUGCGUCCGAGUUCACGCUUGCCAACGUCAAGCAGGAACCGCGCGCCGGAACGGUGUCCCCCAUUCUGACCCCGCCGCACACCCCGACCGAGGACGCGGGUGUGCACGGGUGUGUGCCGAUCAUCCGCACGACCCCACCACCGGUCCCUGCGUCACGGCCGCCGGUCCACCAUUCCGUCGCGUACCAUCCGUAUCAGUACGAGAUGGAGCGUUCGCGGACGAGCGUCACCAUGCAGCAGUCGUCGCAGCCACAGCAGCGUCAGCAGCAACAGUUUGUCCCCCACCAACACCACCACCAGCCACAGCAGGACAUGGCGAGCGCUUUCGUGCCACAGGCCCCCCAAUCGCAGCCGGUCGUGACUUCGCCGUCGGGGCCGAAUCCCAUCGAGGCCGCAUUCCUCUACCAGCAGCAGCAACAACAGCAACAGCAACAACAGCAACGCUUGUGGCAACAGCAUCUGCAGCAAACCGGUUACCAUCCGGCGGCGGCCGCCGCCGCCGCCGCAGCCGCCGCCGCUGCCGCAGCUUCCGCCUCGGGACUGCCGGGGGCGUACGCUCAUCCGCACGCGGCCCUCAUGCAGCACUGGAUUCGCAAUGCCGCCCUCUACCAGCAGCGGCUCCACCCGCAGUCGGCGUUGCCGGCGCACCAUCCUGCGCACCACCACCAUGCGCAACACCACCACCACCAUCCGUACCCGCUGCUUGGCCGGCCGAUGGGGGCGUCCGGUAUGAAGUUGCCAGGCCACCAUGGCGGUGGCGGUGGCGGCUCGGGCAGCUCGGGCAGCAGCAGGCCAAAGAAGCAGUUCAUCUGCAAGUACUGCAAUCGGCAGUUCACCAAGUCCUACAACCUGCUGAUCCACGAGCGCACCCACACCGACGAGCGGCCAUAUUCGUGUGACAUUUGCGGCAAAGCGUUCCGGCGACAGGACCAUCUGCGCGAUCACCGGUACAUCCACUCGAAGGAGAAACCGUUCAAGUGUUCCGACUGCGGCAAAGGCUUCUGCCAGUCGCGUACCCUGGCCGUCCACAAGGUGACGCACCUGGAGGAAGCCCCGCACAAGUGCAGCGUCUGCAAUCGGACGUUCAAUCAGCGCGCGAACCUGAAGACGCACAUGCAGAGCCACGCACCGCAGGAGGGAGCCGGGGGGACGGUGGGCCCGGCCCCGGUUGGGUACGACGGGGUGCCCCUGGUGUCGCUGGGUCCCGCCCUGGAUCUGUCGCAAAAGUCGUCUAGCUCGUCGGUGGCCGAAGAAGAGAAGGACAUCAUCGUCGAUGAGGAUUUUGAUGACGAGGAGGAAGCGGAUGGGUACGAGGAGGAGGAAGAGGAGGAACUGGAGCUGGAGGACGACGGGGAGGACGGGCUCGACCUUGACGAGAGGAUGGACGUGCGCCAGAUGCUGCUACUCGAUCCCGCCGGCUCCCUCCAUCAUACGCCACCUAGGCGUUCCUUCGCCACCACCACCGUGACUUCGUCGGGAACAUCAACCGGGACGACCGCGCCUGGCUCGUGUCCGGAAGUGGACAAGGUCGCCGCCCCGAAACGAUCGCUCGGCUUCUCGAUCGCUGAAAUCAUGCAGCGAUAA